AUGGCUGUUUCUUUCCAUGCACGUUCCAACAGUGUUCCCUCUUUACAACACCCACAAGCUGCUUAUGUUGAUGAGCAGUUGACAAGAUUGAGAUCUUCCGAGGCAGUCUCUUCAUCUUCAAGCUCUUCUUCUAUUUACCAAAGACUAAGCAACCUUCAAGAUUUAUAUGAUUCUCUUGACAAGAUGAUCCGCUUAUCUAUCACCAACCAGGCUUUAUCUCAAGAUCAGAUUGAGAAGCUUCUUGAUGGAUCUCUCAUGAUCUUGGAUUUGUGCAACGUCGCCAAAGACGCUUUGUCACAGAUGAAAGAAGGUCUCAAAGAGAUUCAAUCUAUUCUACGAAGGAAGCGUGGAGACUUAUCCGCAGAGGUCAAGAAGUACUUAGCCACAAGAAAGUCUCUCAAGAAGUUACUCCAAAAAGUACUCAAGAACUUGAAAAUGGGACAGAACAAAGAGAGCAUGGAUAAGUCAUUGGUUGUGUUUGGAGAAACAGAAAGUGUAACAAUUACUCUUUUUGAAUCUCUGUUUAGCUUCAUGUCCGGAUCAAAGGCUUGUGGAAAAUGGUCAUUAGUCUCUAAGCUUAUGAGCCAGAACAAAGCUACAUGUGAAGGUGAUGCAAAUGAAUUCACAAGAGUGGAUUAUGUGUUUCAAUCUGAGAAGUCUUUGAAGAUGGAAGAUGUGCAGAUGCUAGAGUCAUGCAUUCGAGAUCUUGAAGAUGGAAUUGAGUCACUCUCAAAGUCUUUGAUUAAAUACAGAGUCUCACUUCUUAACAUUUUCUAG